GGCUGAGUGCCAAAAGCAAAGCAAUAAAAUCCCAGAAGCCCUAACCUCAACCUCUAAGCCUCUACAUUCUCCGGACAACAAAAGCCCUAAGCAGCUCAACCCUUUUCCACGCUAGCCCCGGCUUCCUGCUGCUCCGCCCAAUUCAUCCGCCGCUUCUUCCUCAAGCUACGGCCGAAGGUCGCGGUACCUGCAAUUCAUCUAUCUGAGGUGUCGAGCUCCAGAGCAAGUUGCCUGGUUCUGUUGGUGCAGAGGUCAUACUUUUGUUGUUGACCAAAACAAUAUCGUGAUCUUGUUUGUAUUAUGGUGUAGACUUUAUAGAGAACUUCAUUUUUUUGUAACCUAUGGCUGCCACUAGUAGCAUGCGUCUUAUAUCUUACGCCGAAGAGAUUAUAGAUGGACAGGCAGUCUAUGUAUCCUCCAACAGCUCUCCUGUUAAGGCUUUCAAUUUUGAACCAGCUGGGCAUGCAUUUCAUUCGGCUGCUCUUCGACUUUCUGGUGUUUUGGAGGAUGACGAUAAUGAUAAUGACGAUGAAAAAAGUGAUACUACAAGUGACAAGGAUCAGAGUUAUACCCAAACGUCGGAAUCGUACAGCACUAAAGGUAAAAAGAAGUCUGGUUCUGGAGAGAAGCAACAGGAUCAUUAUGCACUACUGGGAUUGGGUCAUUUAAGGUAUCUUGCUACUGAGGAUCAAAUACGAAGGAGCUAUCGUGAGGCUGCAUUAAGGCAUCACCCUGAUAAGCAGGCUGCCCUUCUUCUUGCUGAGGAAACAGAAGCUGCAAAGCAAGCAAAGAAAGAUGAAAUCGAGAACCACUUUAAAGCCAUCCAAGAAGCAUAUGAGGUCCUGAUUGACCCUACCAGGAGAAGAAUUUAUGACUCAACUGAUGAGUUUGAUGAUGAAAUACCUACUGACUGUGCCCCACAGGACUUCUUCAAGGUGUUUGGACCGGCAUUCUUGAGGAAUGGUCGUUGGUCUGUUAGCCAGCCUAUUCCAUCUUUAGGGGAUGAGACCACACCACUCAAAGAAGUCGAUAACUUCUACAAUUUUUGGUACAGCUUUAAAAGCUGGAGGGAAUUUCCUCAUGCUGAUGAGUUUGAUCUUGAGCAGGCAGAAUCUAGGGACCACAGAAGGUGGAUGGAAAGGCAGAAUGCGAAGCUCUCAGAGAAGGCUAGGAAAGAAGAAUCAGCUCGAAUACGUGCUCUUGUUGACAAUGCUUACAAAAGGGACCCCAGAAUUCUGAGAAGGAAAGAGGAGGAGAAAGCUGAGAAGCAGAGGAAAAAGGAGGCCAAAAUUCUGGCAAAGAAGUUGCAGGAGGAAGAAGCUGCUAGGAUUGCUGAGGAGGAGAGACUCAGGAAGGAGGAGGAAGAUAAGAGAGCUGCUGAAGCUGCUUUACAUCAGAAGAAGGUGAGGGAGAAAGAAAAGAAGCUAUUGCGCAAAGAGCGAACCCGUCUUCGAACACUUUUGGCUCCACUUUUGUCGUGUGAUCUUUUGGAAGAGGAUGUUGAAAAGUUGUGCAUGUCACUUGACAUGGGGCAUUUACGGAACUUAUGCAACAAGAUUGAAGAAAAUGAAGAUGUGCAGAGAGUGAAAAUUGUGAAAGAUGCUCUUGGACAUGGUCAUAACUCGAAGGAUGAGAAAGAGGAUGUGAAGGGUGCACUGCGGAAUGGUGCUGCUUUGGAGGCUAAUGGACAAUUUCCAUUAGGUACGAAGGAGAAAAUAGAGAAACCAUGGAGCAAAGAAGAGAUUGAGCUAUUGAGGAAGGGGAUGCAGAAGUACCCGAAAGGAACAUCACGAAGAUGGGAAGUUAUUUCUGAGUAUAUUGGUACUGGAAGAUCUGUUGAAGAGAUCUUGAAGGCAACAAAAACUGUUCUUCUCCAGAAGCCUGACUCAGCUAAAGCUUUUGAUUCUUUUCUUGAGAAAAGAAAGCCAGCCCCUUCCAUAGCAUCUCCGCUCACAACUAGAGAGGAAGUAGAGGGAGUAUCAAAUGGUAAUGCGUCUCAGAAGCAUGCUGGUAAGCCAGAUAAUUUGCAAGACUCUUCCAGCCAAACUGCAAACCAGCAAAACUCAGAUGUUGCCGUGUCUGCUGAAAAUGGGGUAUCUUCAACUGGAGACCAAGACGUAUGGUCUGCUGUUCAAGAAAGAGCAUUGGUUCAAGCAUUGAAAACUUUUCCGAAGGAGACUAACCAGCGAUGGGAGCGAGUUGCUGCUGCAGUGCCAGGAAAAACUGUUGUCCAGUGUAAGAAGAAAUUUGCUUUGCUGAAAGAGAGCUUCAGAAACAAGAAAAGUGCUGUUUAGCUAGUUCUAAUUAAGUUGUUAAUGGAUAUGAUGACACGAGGUCUUAAUUCUUCUUCCAAGCGGAGGGUAGACAUGUUGAGGGCAUUUUGGGAGGUAUUGACAUCCAUUUUUCGGCUGAUGUGGAUGCACGGAGUAUCAUACAGCUCCGGACCUAGAUAGGUGUAAGCACGUAUGACAUCUUCGUACUUAUAUGAACUACAUAGUUGCUGUAGGAGGUAUAUCCAUCGCGUGUUUGGGCCCUUGUCGAUGCACAUCUUAUUACACAUUUUUGGGAUCUACAAAGGUGUGCACGAAUACCGAGGAGGUCUCUGAUAGUUAUUCAAAUUCCACUUAUUUUUUGGGGCUAUGGCAUUAGAACUAUUUUGAUAAGAGUGCUAAAAUUUUUGGAUGAGCGAGUUUAAAAUAAUGUAAGAGCCGCGGUUGUUGCUCAUGUCUUGCUCGUUCAUAUAAAAGCAUCUGAGAGGGCAUGUGUUUGGCACUUGCUUUUGCUGUUUA